CUGAAAAAUGGCGGGUGCAUCAGUGAAGGUGGCGGUGCGAGUCCGCCCAUUCAACUCCAGAGAGAUCGGACGCAACGCCAAGUGUGUGAUCCAGAUGCAGGGAAACACCACCUGCAUCUCCAAUCCCAAACAGCCCAAAGAUGGAGCCAAGAACUUCACCUUUGACUACUCCUACUGGUCACACACAACGCCCGAUGACCCCGGCUUCACCUCUCAGACACAGGUGUAUAAGGACAUCAGAGAGGAGAUGCUGCUGCACGCCUUCGAAGGAUACAAUGUGUGUAUUUUUGCGUAUGGACAGACGGGUGCAGGAAAGAGCUACACUAUGAUGGGCAAACAGGAGCCUGGACAGGAAGGGAUCAUACCACAGCUAUGUGAGGACUUGUUUCAGAGAACAGGAGAAAACACAGAUCCUGACCUGACCUACUCCGUAGAGGUGUCCUACAUGGAGAUCUACUGUGAGCGGGUUCGGGACCUGUUGAACCCAAAAUCCCAGGGCACGCUGCGGGUCCGGGAGCAUCCCAUCCUGGGGCCCUACGUGGAGGAUCUGUCCAAACUGGCUGUGACUGGAUUCACGGACAUCCGGGACCUGAUGGACGCCGGCAACAAAGCUCGGACGGUCGCAGCUACAAACAUGAAUGAGACGUCGUCCAGGUCCCACGCUGUCUUCACCAUCGUCUUCACCCAAAAACGACGAGAUCAGAUGACCAGCCUGGACACUGAGAAAGUCAGUAAGAUCAGUCUGGUCGACCUGGCUGGAAGUGAACAAUCAGACUCCUCUGGGGCAAAGGGCACACGGCUCAAGGAAGGAGCAAACAUCAACAAAUCUCUGACCACAUUAGGAAAAGUGAUUUCAGCUUUGGCUGAAAUGCAGAGCAGUAAAAAGAGGAAAAGUGAUUUUAUUCCCUACAGAGACUCUGUUCUCACCUGGCUACUGAAGGAGAACCUGGGAGGAAACUCUCGCACAGCAAUGAUUGCUGCGCUAAGUCCUGCUGACAUCAACUACGAAGAAACACUGAGCACUCUGAGAUAUGCUGACCGUGCCAAACAGAUUCGCUGUAACGCUGUGAUCAAUGAAGAUCCAAAUGCCAAACUGAUCAGAGAGCUGAAGGCCGAAGUGGAGCGACUGAGAAACCUGCUGUUCUCUCAGGGCCUGCAGGAGCUGCUGGACAAUGCUGUCAACAACAACAACAACAACAUCAACGGCCCCGGUGGUGUCGCAGGUGCGUCCCCCUCCCCUCUCCAGCUGGCUCUCACAUCCAAUGGGAUCACACCUGAGAAUGGCUCCGCCCCUCCAGGCGCUGAGCCGGUAUCUGAAGGUGACACGCCUGCUGACCGUGAUCAGCUGAUUGAGGAUGGAGAGGAAAGGGUGGAGGGAGAGUCCACAGAGAACAUCAGCAAAGAGGAAGCAGCUGAGAGACUGAUGGAAACAGAGAAAAUCAUCGCUGAGCUGAACGAGACGUGGGAGGAGAAACUGAGAAAAACAGAAUCUAUUCGUUUGGAGAGAGAGCCCCUGCUGGCAGAGAUGGGCGUGUCCAUAAAGGAAGAUGGAGGAACGCUGGGCGUCUUCUCUCCUAAAGGAACGCCUCACCUGGUCAACCUGAAUGAAGACCCUCUGAUGUCCGAGUGCCUCCUCUAUUACAUCAAGGAGGGAGUGACCAGGGUCGGGCAGCAGGACGUGGACAUUAAACUGUCGGGUCAGUUCAUAAAGGAGAUUCACUGCGUUUUUGUCAGUGAGACCAACGAGCAGGGAGAAGGUAACCGCAUUGUGAUGGGGAAGAACCACGUGUUUCGGUUCAACCACCCGGAGCAGGCGAGGCUGGAGAGGGAGCGCAGCGCCACGAUGGAGCAGCAGGGGGAGCCGGAGGACUGGAACUACGCGCAGAAAGAGCUGCUGGAGAAACAAGGCAUCGACAUCAAGCUGGAGAUGGAGAAGAGACUGCAGGACGUGGAGACUCAGUACCGUAAAGAGAAGGAGGAGGCUGACCUGCUGCUGGAGCAGCACAGACUGUAGCCUACGCAGACAGCGACAGCGGGGACGACUCGGACAAACGAUCCUGUGAGGAGAGCUGGAGGCUCAUCUCCUCCCUGAGAGAGAAGCUG